AUGGCAUCACCAAUAUUUGUUUCGCGCCGGCCGACGAGCCUGAACCUCGAGGCGGGAGCUAUGGGUGUGGGAAUAGCGCUGACGAGCAGCGCGCGGUCGCACCAGUUCCUGACGGCGGCGGAGCACGCGCUGGCGCUCAAGGCGGCCGGAGUGUCCGUGGGCCUGCACCUGCUGUUCCGCGGGCUGAGCCUGGCGGUGGGAGACGUGGAGUCCGUGUGCAACGUCGGCGUGCUGGUUGCUUGCCUGACCGAGUGCGCGCUGACGUCGCAGCUGGACAUUCUCUUCUGGAACAGUCUGUGCAAGCUGAGCACGCAACGCAAGCCGUCGGUCGUGCAGCUGGGCGUGCCGCCGUCGCGUCUGCAGCGGCGCCGGCGGCGUUUGGAGGCCCUUGCCCGGUUUGCACAGGCCCACCUGCAUAAGGCCGUGCUGCUGCUCGUCCUGUACCCCAUGUCGGGCCACUGGGAGCGCGCGCUCGUCGGCCUGUGGUCCUACACCCAGCUGCAGUCGCUGCUUGGCCAGCAGCUGGCCGCGGGCGCUACAGCCCUGCUGUCGCUCGCGAGCCUUCGGUUCUCCAUCCUCUGGCACAUCAACUGCGUGUGCCACCUGUGGACGCUGGACCUCUGCAUCCGCCUCCUCCUAGCACCGUACUUCGGCGGCGUGCACUUCACCAAGGGCGAGCAGGACAUCUGGAUCCAGACCCGCCUUGGCGUACUGCACGGAUUCGUGCUGCUGAUCUACAUACUCAUUGCGCGCUUCCCCUACAUCAGCGCGCCGGUGUUCUACAUAGCGCACGCCUGCACCGCUGCGCUCAUCGAUCGGGUCACAGACCCCCUGCCAGAAAAUGAUACCAUUGGCAGCAAGGACAUGUCGCGGUGGACCGCGACCCAGGUCCUCUGGCUCAACGAGCGCGAGCUUGUCGACGCUGCGCGGGCCAACGUCGGCCUACCGGAAUAG